CUUACAAUUAAAAAAACAAAAGGAAGACUAUAGGAGAAAAUGACCAAUCUACACUACAUUCUAGGAUGAGAUAAACUUUCAUUAAAAAAGAACUGUGAAGAAUCAGUACUCCACAUAUGAUUUUGACCAUCUGACCAUUGUCACAGAGGAUACCAGUCAGCUGAAGACAAGUGCUUUUCUUCUGAUCGAAUACCUUUCUAAUUAAAAACAACAUUUGUUUUGUCUCUGCUAUAAUAGCUAUAAGAAUGACCCACCACAAAAAGUAUUCUCACCUUGCUUGGCAGCUUGCUAAGUUAAGUAUUUUCUUAUAUGCAUCCAUCUUUUUUUUAGUAAUAUAUUUGUGCCUCAAUUCUAAUAAUUGUAAUUUUUUUGCCAUUUUACCCAAAAUCAAAAAUCAAGGAAACACUGUUUUGAACUUGAUGGAAGGAUCUGCAGUAACUGCCAAACAGUUUCAUAAAUCUGACAAAGGAAAUGAAAUCAUUUUUCACAAAAGCAAAGUUUCCAGCUUUCAGAUGUUCAUAAGUAACAGAAACAAAGAGGAACGAAGUGGAACUGUGACACAAUUUGCUAAUGAAGAGACAAUAGAUUCUGCCUCAUAUUCAUCCAUUUACCCUCAUCCAUUCCAAUUUCUUAUUAAUGAAAAAGAUAAAUGUAAGCAGAAAACUCCUUUUUUGGUACUAUUAAUUGCAACCAAAGCUGAUGAAAAACAGUGCAGAGAAGCCAUCAGGAAAACUUGGGGAAAUGAAUCUGUGGUUCCUGGAAUUAAAAUUGUUCGCCUAUUUAUGUUGGGUUUUAGUGACAAAGACCAGAAUGAAAAUAUAUUGCAGGAAAGUAGGAAAUACCAUGACAUUAUUCAGCAAGACUUUUUAGACACCUAUAAUAACUUAACUCUUAAAACUAUGAUGGGCAUUAAGUGGAUUGCCACAUAUUGUAAUGGCACAAGUUUUAUCAUGAAAACAGAUAGCGAUGUUUUUGUGAAUACAAUAUAUUUAAUACAGGAGGUACUAAGGCCCAUUAAAUCUCCUUCACAGUAUUUUUUUACUGGUUGUCUUAUGAAAAAUCAUGAGCCUAUUCGUAAUCCUAACAGCAAAUGGUACAUGCCAGAAGAACUUUACCCAGGUGAUCGAUACCCAGAUUUUUGUUCAGGAACUGGCUAUGUCUUUUCUAGAGCUGUGGUUCCAAAAAUUGUCAGUGCUUCUUUAAAGGUCAAAUAUGUACAUUUGGAAGAUAUUUAUGUAGCUCUCUGUCUUGAAAGACAAGGAAUCACUAUUUCACCCCCACUCAAACCAUCAUUUUUUAAUAUAUAUAAAGUCCCAUUUUUUACUUGUCUAUAUAGCAACAUAAUUACUUCCCAUGGAAUUGAUCCAACAGAACAGAUCAUUUUCUGGCAAACACUGCAAAAAGAGAAACAUAUGUGUCAUAAAUAAAACACAUGUACAGUAGAGUUUGCAUGGGAAUACAAUAUGAAAUUAUACUUUAUUUAAACUUUAAGAUUACUGAAUGUGCAUCAUGAAUCUCUAAUGGGGAUCUAGACAGCUAAACUUAAUGGAUGUCCAUACAUGUGCUCUGAUGUGUUGUAGUUAGAAUGUGUUGGAACAGACUCAAUUAAU